CAAAUUGUUAAUAGACGCGCUUGUUAUUGGCCAACACGUAGUAGUAGAAUUCUAAUCCAGUGAGAAUAAUUCUAAUAUAAAAUAAUUCUAAUAUAAAAUAAAUACAGCGAAAACAUACUGUGUCAAACCCGCAAUAAAGUAGGUGAAAUGUGAUUGAAUUUGUGUAAAAUAAUCUAAUUAAAUAAGUUAAUGAGCUAGUUUAGUUGAUAACAUCGUCGAGAAAUAGAUAACAGAUACAAAAUGCGGUGGGUGCUACUAUCAGUAUUUGUGCUGCUGUGCAGUACAUUUGUGGCCCAAGCGUUCGAGGACCAGGCACUGGAAGACGAUGACUUCGCAGAGUUUGAGCAGUUCGAGGCUGAGGAUGAUGAACUGAUUGCUGAUUUUGCUGAGGACAAGGAGCUUCCUCCUUCAAAGCCAGUAAAGAGUGCAUCUCAAGAGCAGUUUGAAGCCAAUGUCGAGACUGAAGACGAGAUAUUAGUUGAGGAUGAAGACAAUGAGUUUGAGCAUUUCCAAGACCCUGAGGAGUUCGAGGGGUUCCAGGAUAAUACUCCUCGUAGCUCUGAACAACCAAAGAUCACUAUUUCUAAGGUUCCUAUAAUGAUCCGUCCUCGCUGGGACGCUUAUUGGUUGGAAGGUAUCCUGUGCUGCCUGCUCGCUGCGUACGCGCUGGCCUACGCCGUGGGACGCGCGAAGAACACGUCUAUUGCCACCAACUUCCUGAAGUUGCACAAACCGUUACUUGAUGAUAACUUCACUUUAGUUGGCGAGACAGGCUCAGACGUGGUAACAGCGAGUUCGGACCGCGGGUGGCGCCGGGAGGCGGAGCACUGCUUCACCAUGUGGUGCAGUGGACGACUCUGCUGCGAGGGCAUGCUACUCACGCUCAAACUCAUCAAGCGCCAAGACCUGGUCCACGUACUGCUAGGAGUAGUGAGGCCGACGCCGGACACUCUGCUCGUACGUGUGGAACUAGGCAAAGACGACAGCGACCCGUUCGUACUGUGCGUCGCGCAGAAAAAGAUCGCCACACGCCUCGCCAAGGAGAUGCAGGACUUGAGCGUGUUCUGCCCGGAGCGUCGCGCGGGCGACAAGCACGGUCUGCCGAGCGCGCUGUGCGUGCUGUCGGAGGCGGCCGAGGCCACGGCCGGCGUGCUGGACGCACGGGUCUGUGCCGCGCUGCAUCACUACCAUCAGCACGUGCAGUACAUACACAUCUCCGACCGGUACUCCGGACCCAAGCAGAUGGAGGAGGCAGCAGUAACGAAGCCGCCAGACACGGAGAAGGUGAUGCUGAUCAGCUUCGCGCUGGGCCCCGACGGCGGCGGAGACGAGGUCCGGCCGCUACUGCAGCUCGUGUUCCAUCUCAUGGACAAGAUCAAGAGGCUCCGGCUUAGCAAGGAGGCGUUGGCGAAGUGUGAGAAGCGUCGUCAGAAGGUGGCGGAGGCCUGGCUGCGAGGGGCGCACGCCGCCCGACAGGAACAGGCCGCCGCUAGACGCGAGGAAAAACGCAAGCUCGAGAAGGAACGCAUCCUCGCUGAGGACGACCCAGAGAAGCAGCGUCGCUGGGAGCUAAAAGAGCAGAAACGCCAACAGAAGCGGAAAACGCCGAAAAUGAAACAAUUAAAAGUAAAGGCUCUGUGAUCAUUGAUAGUAGACCGCUCGAUCACAGGCCCGCACCAAUCAGUCAUGCAAUAUACAUUAUACAGUCUUUGUUAUUUAUUAAGUGUUACAUACUCAGUGGCUGCGAAUAAAUGAAUUUUACGUUAUAA